AGAGGCUUCUCUCUUAGGCUACUCAUCUGCUAAUCAAAGGAGGAUUAGUACGGGCUAUGUCACCUUUCUUCGCCCCCGUUUUCUAUAGCGGUUGUAUUUUUUCUGUUGAAACAGACAUCGCCAUGCCCGCCUCCCUCACACUGGCGGUAACCCACGGGCUGCUUAGCAAAGCGUGCUCCAGGGAGACGCGUGCAUGCCUGCAGCCUGCACGAAGCUAUCGAGCGGCACAGUCACUUGGGCAGCUGAUCAGAGUGCAGAAACACCUGCCUGCAGCGCCCACCCCUCCAGAGCCGCCACGUGCGAGCAGGUACCGGCGAGUUCCCACGACUCCGACCGAGUGGCCCUCAGCUCCGGCGGUCGGCGCCCUGCCGCUCCGCCCCGAGGCCCAGCCCCGCUCGGGCUGCCGGGCUGCGCCUUUCCCGUGCCAAAGCUGCGCCUCCGCCCGCACCCGACUUGCGGUGCGGCGAGGCUUUUUGCCGAGCGGGUCGGCCCUCGCCGGAGCCCGAGGUGAGCCGAGCCGCAAGAAGGCGCGAGGUGGCGGGGCGGGAAGGCCGUCCCCCGGCGGGACAGAGCCGGGAGCGGCCUCCCACGGCUCCGGGGCCUCGCAGCCGCCUCCUCCAUCCCCGAGCGCCGGCCCGGCCGCCAUGGCAUCGUCCCCCCAGAAGUCCCCUUCUUCCCCCAAAUCUCCCACCCCGAAAUCGCCCCCGUCCAGAAAAAAGGAUGACUCCUUCCUGGGCAAGCUCGGCGGCACGCUGGCGAGGAGGAAAAAAGCCAAAGAAGUAUCUGAACUACAGGAAGAAGGAAUGAAUGCUAUUAACUUGCCUCUCAGUCCGAUUCCAUUCGAACUAGACCCUGAGGACACUAUGCUAGAGGAAAAUGAGGUCCGAACAAUGGUCGAUCCAAAUUCAAGAAAUGACCCAAAAUUACAGGAACUAAUGAAGGUAUUAAUAGACUGGAUUAAUGAUGUGUUGGUAGGAGAGAGGAUUAUUGUGAAAGACUUGGCUGAAGACCUGUACGAUGGACAAGUACUGCAGAAAUUAUUUGAGAAGCUUGAAAGUGAGAAGCUGAAUGUUGCUGAAGUUACUCAGUCUGAAAUUGCUCAGAAACAGAAGCUACAGACAGUCCUUGAGAAGAUCAAUGAAACGCUUAAGCUCCCGCCAAGAAGCAUUAAGUGGAAUGUUGACUCUGUUCAUGCUAAAAGUCUGGUCGCAAUACUUCAUCUUCUGGUUGCGUUAUCGCAGUACUUUCGAGCACCAAUCAGACUUCCAGAUCAUGUGUCCAUUCAGGUUGUUGUUGUGCAGAAACGAGAAGGAAUCCUCCAGUCUCGACAAGUCCAAGAGGAAAUAACUGGUAACACCGAGGCAUUUUCAGGAAGACAUGAAAGAGAUGCAUUUGACACGCUAUUUGACCAUGCUCCAGACAAGCUCAGCGUAGUAAAGAAGACUCUCAUCACAUUUGUGAACAAGCAUCUCAACAAAUUGAAUUUGGAGGUCACUGAACUGGAGACCCAGUUUGCAGAUGGUGUGUACUUAGUGCUGCUAAUGGGUCUCCUAGAAGGCUAUUUUGUUCCUCUCCACAGCUUUUUCUUGACUCCUGAUAGUUUUGAACAAAAGGUCCUCAAUGUGUCCUUUGCAUUUGAGCUAAUGCAGGAUGGUGGAUUGGAAAAACCAAAGCCUAGACCAGAAGAUAUUGUAAAUUGUGACUUGAAAUCUACACUGAGAGUACUGUAUAACUUGUUUACCAAAUACAGGAAUGUGGAGUGAAGAAUUCAUUUGGAACAUAAAGAAAUUUUAACAAAGAAAAUGUCAUAACUAGCAUAUUUUUCACCGAUAUUCCUCUGCAUCGUUAUCCUAGAAGGAACUAAACCAUUCAUCUGAAGAAUCUUUAAUUGACUACUCUUGCACAACUUUUUCCACAGUGGGUUUAAAGCUAAGACUACGUAAAACUAAUACAAAUUAUGGAAAAAAUUUGGAGGAAGGUAUUUGGAUAUCUUCUGGGAGAAUCUAUGUUUCAGUAAUAACUCCAUCUCUACAGUUUUGUAGUAGGUGGAGCAGCAAUGGAAAAAAAAAGAUUUAUUAACUUUAAUUCAGAUCAGCUGUCGAAGCCAAAUAUAGGAAGUUUCUAUACUAAGCAUCUACUUCAGUGUUUAUGAAACAUGUCUUUUCCAAUCUGGGGGGAGGAAGAAUACUUUUCUGUCCAUGAUAAAAUGAUUGCAUUGAAAUUCUAAAAAAUGUGCAUAUGGAGAAACAGUAAAAUUCUCUUCUUCACAUGAAAGCUGAAAAGAAUAGACUUUCUCAAGUACUUAACCUAAAUAAUUUGUAUUUUCAGUGCAGUUAGGCUUGAAUUCUAUGGGUACAAACUGAAGUGGCUACUUUUUCCUUCAGUCUUAUUAAAAUGUGAUGCUCUUCUAUAAGUAUAUAGUACUGAGCAUUCCUUCUAAGUACGCUUUGCAGCUUGUUCACUUAGUUUUGUUCAUGAAGGAGAUCUUUUUUUAUUGUUGUUUUUUUCCCCAAGUACACAUUUUCAGGAAAGCACACCUGUAUAUGAUACAGUUUCCCUGUAGUAUUUGUUUUAUUAGCAUAGAAAUGCUAGAAAGUUGGCUUAUUUUUCUUUUUUCAACUUUUAAUAGUUGGAACAUGGAAUUGUCACAUCAUAAGUUUAGAUUUAUUAUUAAAUAGAUUUUAGAAUCUAUCCUUUGGUUGAUGUUAUGGUGAAUGGAUUUUGUUGCCUAAUGUUCAGCAUAAAGAAUAAUAUCUAUUUUCCAGAAACAUUCCUCUACCCUUUCAGAUAUAAAAACGCUGCUUUUAUGGAGGUUGCUCUGAAAGUAAUGUCUCCUAUUUAUUUCCAUGAAAGCUACAACCUGAACAAAGAGCACAAUAACAGAAUCACACAAUCUCAGUGUUGGAAGGGAUCUUGAGAGAUCAUCAAGUCUAACCUUCUGCUAAAGCAGGUACCCUACAAUAGGUUGCACAGGUAAGCAUCCAUGACACUAUUUGAUAGAGAAAAUUCUCAGCUACCAAACUCUACUUUUCAUCAUAGCCACCACAAUUAACUGUGCAUUUUUACCUGCAAUGAACAAGAGCCUGCAUGCUGUGCUUGUGAAAAUCUGCACCAGUGGAGCUGACCCACUGUAUCACAGCAAGUGUCAUGGUGUCAUUGCUAAGAAAAUAUUGCCCAUGCAAUCCAUCUUUCAUCGGCUUGAACAGAUGGAAGUCAGAAGGCACCAAAUCCAGGCUGUAUGGUGGCUGUGGUAGGACGGUCCAGCCAAUAUUGGCAAUGUAUUCCACAGUCUUCAGACUGAUACGGUGUCCAGAGUUGUCAUGUUGCAAGAGAAAGGUUGCCAACUUCUCUGGCCUAGCUCUGGAUGUUCGAGCCUUCAUCUUAGUCAGUGUUGUGAUGUGGCUGUCAGAGCUGACUGUUUGUUUGAGUUCCAAGAAAUCAGGAAGGCUCACCCCUUUCCUAUCCCAGAAGACGCUGCACAUCACUUGACCCGUGUGAACUUCUUCAUCGAUGGGGAAUUCACAUGUUGCUACUUCAUGGAGUGCUGUUUUGACUCUGGCUUAUAGUGGUGACACCAAAUCUUGUCGCUGAUAACGAUGCGAUCCAAGAAACUAAUCACCUUCAGCCUCAUAUUGGUUCACUAGAUCCAGACAAUAUUGUAAGCAGUGUUCUUUCUGUUCCUCUGUGAGCAUUUAUAGGGUCUAGCUGGCACACGCUUGGUGAUACUCUAAUGUUGCCAUCAUCAUUUUCAAUGUGUUGAAGCCAGCAUUCAUCUCCGUACACAGUUUUGUGGUCAUAAUCUGCCGACUCUCGUGGAUGAGGUGAUUGGGACACAAGCACAGUGAGUGACAUUUGGUGCUGGCUUUUUCCACAUGGAAGAAUUCAGUUCCCCCCCACUGCUUCAUCCAUGUUUCCAUGUCAGAUGCCAUUUUGUCAGACUGCCCCUGUGCUGCUAUCAGUCUCACAUAUGAAUAAAAUGUAAUGGUAUAUUGGUGGGAACCUCUACUUCAACCUCUACUGCCAUCCCAUCAUCUGCCUUGUGGGCCAACAUAAUAAACUAGGAGGCAUUACUUCUGGAACAACCUUUGUAGAUCAGAACUACUCAUAUCUGCAAAUACUGCUGCAGCGUAAGGUCGGUUGGUCAUUUUUUGUGUCUAUAAAGAAUACUUUUGUUGUUGUUUUUUUUUUAAAUCAUGACCAACGAUAAGCUGUUAUCUGUUUGGUUUCAGUUUAUCAAAGACUGAAAAGAGAAAUGAGAAUUAAUUCUUUCCUUAGACUGUUAUCAAGCAUCAGUUAUGUUUCUAUGAAGAAGCUCUAGAGGCUGCCUGACACUAGUAUAAAUUAUCAAAACUGCUGAGAAGUAAACUAAGCAUAUAUUAGACGUCUUCAUGUCAGUUUUAGAUACCUUCUUAAGUGAAGUGUUCCAGCGCACCACAGUUUCUUGGGAUACUGGCUUACACACUACAGAAAAAAAAGAAUCCUGAGGCAAAAAGUAUUGGAAAUUUGUGUAUUGUAGAAAGGAAACUUUUGCAAGCCAUCCAUUUAUGGCAGAACUGCUGUAGGUGAAAGGCAGGCGAUCUAUCAGCUCUUGAGGUUGUUCAUCUGAAGAAAUGCAGUACUGUCAGCUACAGUUAUUAACACCUGAAUGUUGAUUUCUGUACAAAGCAUAAUAUUUUUCAAUUUUCAGAGUUUUUUUUUCUUUCUUUUUUUUUUUUUUUAAUUAGUGCUUUCCAGUGCAACAUCAACUUAAAAGGAAGACAACAAUUAUGUUCUGCCUUUGGUGAAUAAUUGAUAACAGUCAAUAACAAUAUUGACUGUGCCUGAGGGCCACAGAAAUUAUUCUGUGAAUAAAUAAAUCUCCACAAGUAUCAGCUUUUGCAAAGGAGAGUCAGUAUUUGGUUCAAAGGAUAAUACCUGGAUAUUCUCUGAACUCAGAAAUUGCGUUCUAAAAGUAUUCAUCAAAAUAUUUGGUUACCUCUAUGUUUUUUAACAUAGUUAAAGUUGAGUUUCUGAAGUUAGAAUUACAGAAUGUAACAAUUAUUUACAUUUUGCCUAGGUAAAUAACUGGACAUUUUUACUCCUGUGAAAAUGAACAUUUUCAUGAUGUCUUUAAUAGUUCUGAUAUUUCUGAGAAGCUAAACAGUAGGAAUUACCCGACCACUUUUUUUGGAGGAAAAUGAGGUGGGGUUUCUCAUUUGUAAACAGGCAGCAAUUUCAACAUAGCUUACUAUUUAACAUGUAAGAAGUUUGCAAUUUGCAGAGCUAGAUUAUAGUAAUUGUAAUAGUUCAUUAACAGAUGCAUGAUGUUUUUUUCUGCAGAUCCUGUUCAGUUGAAACACUUUCACAUCUCAGCAGCGCCAAAACAUUUUGAUUGUCCUUGUUUUCAGUGUGCACUUUCUGUAAAAAGGAGAUUUAUAUAUGUAGAGGAAAAAGGUUAGGAACAAUGAAAUUGUUAUUUCUUAAACUUGAAAAUACGUAUUCCUGUGCUGUACUGAUAUAACUUUAUUGGAGAUUUUGAAGUCUAUUCUACCUGUAUUCUCAGUCUUUAAAAUAAUAAUAACAGUAACAUAAAAUUGAGAUAGAAUUGUGAAAUCCCCAUACUGAAAUGAUGUUAUGCGGAACCACAGAAACAUUUAACAAAGUCCAACCUCUGUGCAAAUUCCCUUUUUUAUGUACGUUUAAGUUGCUAUUUGACCAGGAGAGUCCUACAUAAAUACAAACCCAUGUGAUGAUUUUAACACGUUCACGCAAAUAGUGUAUGCUGCCAGGUAGGAGUGGUCACUGCUUAUAUAUGACAAUGUAGAUUUAAAUAGCUAUCAGAUAAAUAUGAAAUCUAAUAUACAGAUUAUAUCUAAUAUUUAUUGCUUCGAUACAGAAUAUUAUAGAAAUAUAGAGUACUACUGUAGACAGUUGGCUCUUCAACAGUUAGUGUAGGCCAGCGCCUUCCUGCAGGGAAGUAAAAUGUCAAGGUAGUUGGGCCAUAUUCUGCUGUCAUUUAUCAUGCUUCUGUUCUCAGUACACAGCACUGUAUGUCAGCGUGCAAAUGGAUACAAAAUUCCCCUCAGUUUACAUUAGGAUAGAAUUUGUUUACAUUUUAGGUCAGUCCUGGUUUUAUUUACGGUUAGUUUAAAAUCUGUUUAAAUAGAUCCAGAUCAAUAGAUUUAGCCAAUGUAGGAUACCAGCGGUCGCCGGGAGAGGCCCGUUUCACAGAGGGAGCCUCUCAUCUUGAGGAUGCUGUCUCAUACUUUGGCUGUGUUUCUAAACCCAGGCCACUGCCUUAAGAUCUCAUGAUGGUUUCUGAGCAUCAUCCUCCAGACCGCUUUUGUUUGCGUGUUGUGCUCUGUCACAUGAAGGCCCACAGGUAGCUGAGCCCACUGAAAACCAGCAGAUGCUAGCUUGUCUUGAGGGGAAAAAAAGGCAGUAAACAUUUCUGAUGCUGGGACGUCAUGAAACUGCCAAAGGAAUUUGAAAUUCAUCUAUUUGCCACUGCAGCACCAUGGUAGCCAAGUUUGUUUUGUGGUUGGAGGUGGGCAUGCCUUCCCUAUCAGUGGAUUCUGCCAACCACACAAAACUGGGUUGUUCUUUUUGUUUUGUUCUGUUUUGUUUUUUCAAAAAGGAGCAUGUCAGAAAGUCAUUGUUAGAAUAAUUAUCUGACAUCCUAAGUAUUUUAUGGUUUUCAAAAGCUCCCCAGUUGCCAUCAAGACUUCCCAGAAAAAUUGUAGCAAGGAAUCCUUGUGUAAUUUCACCUGAUACACGUCAGGCUCACGAUAGGAUUACUCUGUGUUGACAGUGGACCAACUUGCUUGUUGGCACAUAAAUCAGUGGCAGUAAAUCAACAGAGCAUUUGGUCUCUUCUGUUUAUAGAGGGGGUUACAUUAUUUGGGAAUGGUUUAUAUUCAGGCAAACUAUAUCAGUUGACCUAAGUGCUACUUGGUUGACCUUGGUUCUUGCUCGUUUUCAUAAAGUAUCUUUCAAAAUUCAUAUCUGUUUAAUUUUGCAGACAUCUUUCUGCAGCCCAUAGUGUUUUAAAGCAGAAUGGCUUUUAGAAAUGAUGGAGUUUAUUUCAUUAGAUAAAAAUAUAUAUAUAAUAUUUAAUUAUUAUUAAAUAAUUACACUACAUUUUAGCUUUAGAUCUAGUUUCUGUUGUUCAUGUCUUACAAAUCAGCCAUCACACGUGGCCUGUAUGCAUGUCAAGCACUCAGAAAGAGAACAGUGCCUUGUAGACCUCUUGCAGGAUUUUCUGCACUGUUACCUACUAGAGUUCUACCAUUCUGCAGUGAGAAUCAGUGUGGAUUUUCUCUUUACAGUUAAAAAAUAAAUAAAGGCAGAAUAAGUCCUUUGUAGAAAGUUGUAAUUGAUUGAAAGUAUGUUUUUUUUUUUUAAUUGUAUCACGGGAAGAAUGAAAAUAGUGGCAAUAAAAUUACAAAAGUAAUGCAUACCUCAACAUCCACAAAUUUUCCAAAGAGCUUUUGAGUCAUUUGACAUUUUCUAGGGCUAAUGUUUCGUAUUUUGAUGAUACUUUCUGUGUGCCUAUUUCUUUUAGUAAUAAUGAGAUAUUUUCCUGUAUAAUAGUUUAAUGCUAUACACUCUGCAGCAAUGUUGGUGUCAUGUAAAUACAAGUUUCUAAAUUUCAAGUGCAAGUUUAGGGAAAAAACAUUUGCAAAAUUCACUUUGCAAGGUACCUCACAAUAAUGCUUACUUUAAAUUAAUGUGCUCCCAUCAACAGAAAUUAGUAGCUUUCACAGAAUAUGCUCUAUGUACUCUGUAAGUAAGCAACACUCCAUUACUCACAUUUCCUGUGGCUUUUUUUUUCAAACCUUUGUUAUCGUGCACAAUAAAAUAUCACCUGAAAAUCAA